GACGGACGGACGGGAGGAGGCGACGGACGCGACCGCCUGGAAGUCGGCGGCCGAUGACGGCUAUUGUUGCUCCGUCUCCGCUGAUUCCACCAACACAAAUCCUUGCGCUUCCUUCUGGUCUGUAAUUAAAGUGAUCGGGCACUUCACCCGUCCGUCUGCUGCGUUCCUGAAGACCGUUUAAGUGCAGGGUUAUUAAUCAAGCUCCGGCUCUGAGUGCUGCCUCAUGUUUGGCUUCACAAACAAACCACUUCACCAAAGUUAAACACGGAACUCUUGUUGUGUUGACUGAAGGAAAAUGGGAAACGUCUGGUGAAAUCAGCUGCUGGUCUCGUCCAUGGUCGCGUCCUGUUCUGAUGGAAGAACGUGGCACUGGGAGAGAAUAACCAGGUUCUGAGGUUCCUGUGACCUGACGUCAGAGGUCUCAUCACACACGCUCUUCGAGCAGAUUCAUGUAGGACGGGUCUUCACCAGAUGAAUGAGGUUCUGUGCUUUAGAGCCUCUGAUGCUUUCUGCUUCCUUCCACUGUUUAAGUGCUGGUAUUGAGGAACAAUGGGCUCCGUCUUUGGACACCUUGUUCUGGAGAAGAGCUUCUCAGCCGACCGCGUUGAUGGCUCCUCAUCGGGCCUCUUCCAGCUCCGCCGUGGGAGAUCACGUGGCGGCGAGCGGGGGGGUCAAAGGUUAAAGCAGGACCCGCUGGAGGAGCUCUGAGGGAAUGGGCUGAACCAGAGCUCAGCGUGGCACCGAGCUGGACCUCAGCUCUGAACUGACCCGACCCGCAGACAGACGGGCUGUGGGCGCGGCGGCGUCCGGUCACGCUAACACUCCAUUAGGACGCAGCAGUGAGCGGUGUGAUGCUAAAGGUCGCAGAUCAAUGCGUGCGCGGUGCCUUUGUUCCUGCUCCACCUGUGGCCUGGCUGAACAUGCAGACGCACGCUCCUCCCUGCUCCUCCCUGCUCCUCCAGGGCCGGAGGCAGCAGCUUCUGGAGCUGGAAAGGCUGCGUCACUCACCCUGCUGCUCCGGCCUCAGUCUGUGGGCUCUGCUGCCCCCUGCUGGACACACGGAGGCGGCGCGUGGCUCCAUCAGGGGCCCACGAUUCACCGGUGAAGAGCCUUCGUUCUGCUUCUCUCACUGGUGGAAACGUUCACGUCCAGCUCCAGACGCUGAGAGCAAACAGCUGCUGGAGGGAAAUACGAUCAGCGUCGGGUCAACAGUUAGGACUCGGAUGAGGGUUUUUAGCCGCCACCUGUUAGUUUGUGUCUGAACAAAUACAGGCUGUGGUUGGAGGUCGGGUCAUUCCUGACGCCAAACGGACGCCUCACAGUCUCCACGGCCUCUUGAUUAUCCUCCACCUGCAGCUCCAGCGACCCCGAGGACUGAAGCCCAAAAACGGGCCCAACAAUAAUAAAACUCCCAACAAUAAUAAAACUCCCAACAAUAAUAAAACUCCCAACAAUAAUAAAAUGUCCCAACAAUAAUAAAACUCCCAACAAUAAUAAAACUCCCAACAAUAAUAAAAUGUCCCAACAAUAAUAAAACUCCCAACAAUAAUAAAACUCCCAACAAUAAUAAAACUCCCAACAAUAAUAAUUGAAGCGGCGACGUCCUGCUCUCUGCUGCCCUCUAGCGACACCAGCUGCUCAACAGCCGGCACAGACGGACGUCUGGCUCUGUCUGGUUCCGCUCGAACCCGGUGUCGCUGGUGUGAACGCACGUGACGAGACGUCAGUCGUGAACGACGUGCGUUCUUUUACCAGUGAGUCACGUCACGUCACUGUCCUGGGAUGAAGCCCGAGUCUCGGCUCCUGCUCCUGGGUCGUUUCCUUCACACGCGCCUGCUUCGUGUCCCGCCGGCUCUUGGGAACCACGAGUUUGACAACGGCGUGGACGGACUCCUGAAACCGUUCAUGGAGCAGAUUCGGUGUCCGGUUCUCAGCGCCAACAUCAAACCAGACAGAACGCUGGCGCCGAGCUUUGGAGCGGCGUUUCAGCCCUUCAAGGUUCUAGACGUUGGAGGCGUGAAGGUGGGCGUGGUGGGAUACACGUCUCAGGAGACGCCUGCUCUGUCUGCACCUGGACCACACCUGCAGUUCCAGGACGAGGUUUCCGCUCUGCAGCCGCACGUGGACAAGCUUCUGACGCUGGGUGUGGAUAAGAUCAUCGCUCUGGGCCACUCUGGCUUCACCGCGGACCAGGAGAUCGCCAGGAGGGUCCGUGGAGUGGACCUGGUCGUCGGUGGACACACCAACACGUUCCUGUACACAGGUUCGCCUCCUUCCUCGGAGGUUCCUGCAGGUCCGUAUCCGUUCAUGGUGACGUCCGUGGAGGGCCGGGAGGUUCCCGUGGUGCAGGCCUACGCCUUCGGGAAGUACCUGGGUUACCUGAAGGUCACCUUCGAUGCCUCUGGGAACGUGGUGACGGCCACAGGAAACCCCAUCCUCCUGGACGGCUCCAUUGCGCAGGAUCCAGAUGUCCUGUCUGACGUGGAGCAGUGGAAGAAGAGUCUGGCCAACUACUCGGCUCAGGAGGUGGGAAAAACCUCGGUGUUCCUGAAUGGGGACGCGGCGGAGUGUCGCUUCCGGGAAUGCAACCUGGGAAACCUCAUCUGUGACGCCAUGGUGGACAACAACGUCAGAGCGCCGGACCGGGUCCAGUGGAACCACGUCAGCGCCUGCCUGCUGAACGGCGGCGCCGUGCGAGCGUCUAUCGAUGAGCAGACGAGGAACGGGUCCAUCACCAUGGAGGACCUGAUCUCCGUCCUGCCCUUCGGAGGAACCUUCGACCUGGUGCAGCUGAAGGGGUCCACGCUGAGGAAAGCGUUUGAACACGCCGUGAGGCGCCACGGUCAGGGCACUGGGGAGUUCCUCCAGGUGUCAGGUAUUCACGUGGAGUACGACCUGUCCCGAGCUCCGGGCCGGCGCGUCCAGAGCCUCCGCAUCCUCUGCACCAGGUGCCGCGUUCCUCGGUAUGAAGUGGUUCUGGACGAGGCCGUGUACAAGGUGGUUCUGCCGUCCUACCUGGUGACGGGCGGAGACGGCUUCUCCAUGAUCCGGGACGAGAAGCUCAAGCACGACAGCGGCGAUCUGGACAUUUCCGUGGUGUCCAAGUACAUCUCUCAGAGGACGCGGGUUUUUCCGGCGGUGGAGGAGCGGGUCCAGAUCUCCAGCGGCGCCUCUAGACUCAGGGCUGCGCUGGUUCCACUGCUGCUCUGGGCCUCGUGCUGGGGCGUGUGAACUGAAGAACUGGACUAAAGGCUCCAGUUGUUGUUGUUGUUGUUGUUGUUGUUUUUUUUAUACAUAGAAGCUGAUCUACAUUGGACUGAACUCAGAGGUUCAGAGAAUGAAGUCUGACGUGAAGUUAAUCAUUAAUUUUGUCUUUUAUACAUUUAAUACACUUGAAUGAGUUUAAUGAGUGAAAACUGUCGCUUUCGUGGCGUCACUGGUGAGUCUCUUCCUGGUUUUGGGCCUGUUGUGAGCACAGAUCAGUAAAGACGUCCAUUUCCAAACGUA